AUGGCUGACACCGCCAUUCAAUUGCCAUAUUUGGCAUCUCACUACUCAGUUCCCGAAAGCACGCUUACAAGCUUGACAGAAGCCCCAACGGUGGAGCUUGUCAAUCAGCUUCUGCAGUCCAUCACCAAAAAGGCCCAUGAAUACGAUGAGCUCAAGUCCGAUAAGGAGAGCUUGAGUGUUGAGCAUGACACUUUCAAACGCAACACCGAGUUGAAGGUUACUGCUCUCAAAUCCAGCGUUGACAAGGAACACAAGGAAGUCGAGGAUCUUCGCGAGAAACUACGUGACUCUGAAACCACCCGCGCUUCAUUGGAGAAGGAAAUCUCGACACUCACAUCUUCAUCCACCUCGAACGAAUCCGACAUUACGUCCCUCAAAUCUCGCAUCUCGACCCUUGAAACCUCGAACAGAAAAUUACUUGAACAAUUCGAAUCCAAAUCUUCUGCCUAUGACGAAUUGGCACGGGAGCUUUCAGUUCAGCAUGAGCAGACCAUCGAGCUCCGACGCUCACUCUCUAAGGCGGAGCAAAAGGUCCAGACUCAUAAUUCGGAUUCAAGUCAUGCACGUUUCCGCGAACAAAGUCUUCAGCAAGAACUGGAUCUCAUCACCAAGAACAACGAAUGGUUUGAGACAGAAUUGAAGACGAAAUCUGCCGAGUACAUCAACUUCCGCAAAGAAAAGACUGCUCGGAUCUCGGAGCUCCAACGUGAAAACGAGGAGGCAAACACCACUAUCGACCAGCUCAGACGCAGCGAAAAUUCACUCAAGAGUCGUCUGGAUGAAACAGAGCAGCGGUAUGAUGAGUCUCUUGCUACCAUCCAGAAGUUGGAGGAAGAGGCGAUCCAAGCAACCGAGUCCUUCCGCAUCGAGCUCGAUAGCUCCAAUCGACUUGCUGAGUUGCAAGGAUCUGCUGCUCAGAUGGCCAAGCAACGGGCGCAAGAGUGUCAGCUCAACCUGGAGAAAGCGAAACAUGCCGCAGCUCAAGAAGUCUCUCGUCUUCGUGUGGAGCUUGAGACCGAGACAAACGAGAAAAGCACUGCGGAGGCUCGUAUUUCUGAGCUUGAGGAGGUGAUUGCGCAGAUCGAGUCUGAGACAGCAAGAGGCAGAUCUGCAAGCCCUGCUCGUUCUUUGAAUGGAGCUGGACCUAGCACACCGAUGCGUUCCAGCACCAUGCGGUUCGGCACCCCAGGUAGCACAUUCUCACCUCGCGCCUCGCGAGGCAAGGGUGGUUUGACAGUCACCCAAAUGUACUCUGAGUACGACAAGAUGCGAGCUGCCUUGGCUGCGGCGGAGAGGAACAAUCAAGAGUACCGGGCAACCAUUGACGAAAUGGUGUUAGAGCUGGAUUCCACUAGCCCUGACAUCGCGCAAAAGGAUGCAGAAAUCAACCGUCUGAACCAGGCUGUUGUGGAUAUGUCCACACUGAACGAUGCAGCCAACAGAGAAAAGGAUCAGUCGCUGAAGGAGGCACGGAAGUGGCAAGGCCAGGUCGAGGGCUUGGCUCGUGAUGGCGAUAUCCUUCGCCGUCAGCUUCGGGAUCUAGGCUCUGAAGUCAAGGUUCUUCUUUUGGAAAUUGCUCUUUUACAAAAGGGCGAAGAAUAUGACCGCGAGGAGCUUGAGAGAAUCGCACGUGGUCAAAUUGAGGAAUCCGAUGCAGACCUCAAUGCCACUGGCCGCUUUAUCAGCCAGAAUCUGACAACUUUCAAGAAUCUCCACGAACUUCAAGCGCAAAACGUCAAGCUACGACAAAUGUUGCGAGACCUUGGUGACCGACUGGAAGGCGAAGAAGCACGUGAGAAGGAGGCUACGAGAUUGAACGAAAUCGAUGAGCUCAAAGAACUUCGGGUCCGAGCCCAGACGAACUCAGAUGAGAUUGCCAACCUGACCGCGCAAAUGCAAAGCUAUGUGAAGGAGCGAGACACCUUCCGCAGCAUGCUUAUGCACAGGCAGAACGCCACCGAACAGUCUGUAUUUUCACAGUCAAUGCCGCUCGGCGCUGCUCCCGGUGCUGGUGACUUGGGACAAGAUAAUGCCGAGAUGCUUAACAAGGUCCAAGCUCAGUUCGAUGCCUACCGCGAAGACACCAACACAGAGCAUACUAAACUUCGCCAACAGGUCAAUGAACUUGCUCAUGAGAAGAGUAAGCUCCUGUCUGAGAUCAGUCGUCUCAAUGGCGCAAUUACUGCCUCCUCACGCCGCGAAGAGCUACUUCGAAGUGAGACGAACAUGCACCAAAGCGAAAAGGCUAUACUACAGGAGCGCAAUUCUCAGCUCUCUGAAAAUGCCAUCCGCCAAGGAAACCAAAUUCGCGAAGCUGCCGAGAAUCUCAUUGUUGCCGACGGCAAACAAGAGGAACUUCAGAAACAGUGCACGCAACUGAAAUCUGAAAAGGAUCGUUUGGAAAUGACUGAGAAGAGGUACAAAGAGGAGGUGGAAAAUCUCUGGGCUCAGAAGGAUGCUUUGCAAUCAUCGAACACCGAGCUUCAAGUUCACAUCGCUGAACUCAAACAAACGGAGCAAAGAUUCGAGGCCCUUGAAUCGAAGUUGAAGGAAACCAAGCUCAAGCUGAAGAACAAAGAGGAGGAGUACGAAAAGCAUAAUCUCCGCAGGGAUUACGAGCAAGAACAAUCCCAGAAGCAAAUCAACGACCUAGUGACUAGCCUGAGCUCCGUCCGUGAACAACUCGUUGCUACAAAGACAACGAGAGAUCAUCUGCAAGCCCGCGUCAACGAGCUCACCGUCGAGUUGAAGAGUGCUGAGGAGCGCGCGCGAGUGUUGCCGGCACAACCUGCAGGCCCCGCCGAGCCUCCCGUCGUCGUCCCAGAAUCCGGCGAAGGCAACGACCUGACCCCAGAGGAGGAGCUUUCGCUUGAAGUUUCCAAGCUCAAACGUGAACUAGAGUUAACAAAGGCCGAACUUGAUCACGCCAACCAAUUGGCUCAAGAUUACCAGGCGAUCAGUCAAGAGACCGAGGAACGCCUGGAGUCUGUUACUGAGACACAGGAGCAGUAUCGCCAGGAAACCGAUGCUCUUAUCAAGGAGAAAGAUGAGACGAUUCAAAGUCUCAAAACCCGAAUUGAGGAGAUCUCGGUUGAGUUGACGAACGCCAAUUCCGAGAUUUCUCAGCUCAAGGAAAAGGAAGGCGAGGCCACUCGUCACCAAGAAGAACGAGAGGCGCACUUCGAAUCGGAGAUGAGUCGCCUGAACCAGACCAUUGAGAGCCAUGCUGCUGCAGUACAAUGUCACGAAGAGGACAUGAAAGCGCAAGCAGAAAUCUCCAACCUUGCCCAGCGAAACUACGACCAGGCUCAGCAAAAUUACGAUCGAGAAUUCCUCGAACAUGCCAAAGCCGUUGAGAACCUCCAAGCAGUUCGUAACGAGGUCAACGAUUUGAAGAUUCAAAUUGUGACAUUGACAACGCAAACCGAAGCCUACAAGAAUGGCCUUGAUCAACAGGUUGAGACUAUGAAGGAAGAACGGGCCAAGCACGAGGUUGAUGUUCAUGAGCUCAAAAAGCGUCGCGAUGAGAUGCAGAAGGAGAACGACCACCUUUACACGCUGAUUGAAAAUCACAAGAGCCAGAACUUGGCACUGCGGCGUCGGACUGAAAGUUCGGAUGAGGUGUUGGAGGGCAAUGAUGUAGCCCCCGAUUCCCAAGCUGAAGAAGACAUCAUUGCCUCUUUGCGGAAUCAGCUGAAGAUCGUUCAAAACGAAUUUGAAGUUGCUGCCUUGGCAAAGGGCCGACUUGAAAAGGAGAUCGGAAGAGUCAAUUCCAGAUUCCUUGCUCUGCAGUCUUCAUAUGACACAGCACGCGAGGAUCUCGAAAAGUUCCGCUCCGAAUCUGACACUCAGGCUCGAGAGGCGAAUGAAAAGCGUCAAAGAAGUAUUGAUGAGCUGAAAGAGUCCUGCGACAAAACCACCCGCCUCUUCCAAGAUCAGGUGAAGGAGAAGGAAAACACUCUUCAACAAAAGUCAGCUCAGGUGGUUGAACUUUCGACGCAAAUCGCACGCCAUGAGUCCAGGAUUGGCGAGUUGGAGGAUGAGGCCGAGGCCAAGAACAGAGAGCUACAAUUGCUACAAGAAAGCCACGAUCAUUAUGCAAAACUCGUGCAGAACAACUCUAACGGCGAACUGGAGCAAACGCUCGCCACCCUUGAAAAUGAGAAAAACACAGCUGUAUCUGAACGAGAUGCGCUCAUUGCUGAACGCACUGGCCUUCAGGCCCAGCUAGCCGAGUCAUCUCAGAAGUUUGAUCAGGCCCAAGAGCAGUGGAAGAGCAGACGAAACGAUCUUAUUGAACAGGCCAAGGCGCGUUCCAAGGACCAAACGAAUCGUAUCAACAAUAUCUCAGCCGAACUCAAGAUGGCCUUGGAGAGCAAGGAAGUCAUUCAGCAGGAACUUCAGAUCACCAAGGAUGAACUGGAGAAAGUUAAGGCUAAGGCCUCAGUUGCGUCACCCGCAUCUGCAUCUGCAUCCGCGCCUGCUGAAGCAACGGCACCUGCUGAAGUAACAACACCUGCUGAAGUAACAACACCUGCUGCCGCCACUGUCAACCCUACUCCAGCUUCACAGUUCCCCACCGCCACUGUAUCAGUCCCCGUUCCCGUUGAUCACCAACGGGUCCAGGCCCUCGAACAGAAAAUUCAAAGCCUCGAGCAGAAGAUCCAACGCCUUGAAGCUGCCCUUGCCGAGAAGGAACGCGAGCACGAUGCUAAGAUCCAAGAAUACAAGACUCAGCUUGAUAAUGCCGUUGCCGCUCAUCGACAGGAGGUUGAAAAAAUGGCUAAUGGUGAACAGCCUGUUCCGGAUGUGGCUGGUGGUGUUCCUGAUCAAACACCUGCAACGCCCUCCAAGCCAGUGGAAACUCCCGAUAUUACCUCCGCCCAAAUGACCGAGGCCUUGGCCCAAGUGACUGAGGCUCAAGCGAAGCAGAUCUGUCAAAACACCAAACCCUUCCGUGAAGUCCUCGUUAAAUUCCUCCGCAACAAGGUCGACCAGAAGGACAAGGAACAUACACAAAUCCUCAGCCAAAAGGACGCGGAAUUCACACAACAGCUUAAGAAGAAAGACAAUGAAGUCAAGCUGGCUGGACAGAAGCCACUCGUGCAGAUAAGCAUGCUCGAGAAAAGACUCAGCAAUGCGAAUGCCAAGAUCGAGGUUGUGAAGAUAGCUGCUACAGAAACCCCAGAAAAGGCCGUAGCUCAAGUCUGGGAGGUCGCACAGAAAGCCCAGCCUGUACCUACUGUCAAACCAACAGCAACUACACCCUCGGCCCAACCUGCCUCUCCAGCACCAGUCCCGGUCCAACAAGCGCCGGUGGCCCCUUCUUCGGCUGCUCCUGCCCCUGUCCCUGUUGCAUCCGUUCCCGCUGUCGUUCCAACUGUUGUUCCAGCUGUCGCCCCAGCUUCUGCAGUUCAAGUCUCCCCUAGUCCUGCAUCCGAACAGGGACAGGUUCAGCCCCCCCAGAACCCUCCCGCUCAAUUCGGUCAAUCGCAACACGACCAGAGCCAGCAAGCUUCCAAUCUGCCAAACAAACCUCCUGCAGGCAAUCCACCAGGAUUGAUGCGCGCUCUGCAAUCAGGACUUCCAAUUGCCAGAGGUGGACGUGGGGUCCGCGGUGGCGGUCAGCAAUUUGGCCACGCUCAACAAAAUGACCAGCAAGGUCAAAAUCAAGCUCAAGUCCAACGUGGCGGGGGAGCUCAACGAGGAAGAGGUGGCCGUGGAGGACAAGGUCGUGGUGGUAACCAAAACACCAACGCCCAGUCCCAAACACAAGCCCAACCCCAACACCAACACCCAAAUCAACCGGUGAAUGCCAACCGGGGUAACCUCAGCGCCUCGGCUCGCCAGUUCAUUCCGCAGGGCAACAAGCGCUCUCGUGAUGAAGGCUCUGACAAUGCAAAUGAGGCCGCAAACGCUGGCAAGCGACAGAGAGGUGGCGGUGGACAACAGCCUCGCGGUGGAGGCUCCUCUUAA